GAAGAGAUCCAAGUCUGGAUAGUGACGGUAGGUAUAAAUUCCCUGCUAUUCCUCCUUUUCCGUUUUGUCUCCUCUUAUAAGCUUGCCCAUGAAGUUUCUUGACAUAGACCAACUCUCAUACGCAGCGUUGCCAGUGUUCCAGUAACGCCUCUGUCGGCGUCGCGGGGGCCAGGGAGGCCUCCUGUCUCCCACAGUGCAUCCGGGGCGUACCCUCCUUCUCAAUCAUCAACUGCAUACACCCACUUUCUACGGCAAACAUGGUCUUUGUAGGUGACAGGAAAUACGCAUGUGAAACGUGCAUAAAGGGUCAUCGGUCGUCGACAUGCAAACACACCGACCGACCCUUGUUUGAAAUCAAGAAGAAGGGUCGUCCAGUGACUCAAUGCGAGCACUGUCGCGAGCUUCGCAAGACCAGACAAGUCCACGUCAAAUGUAUCUGUGAGCAGAAGGAUGAAAGCGAAGGCUCGUCGAGUAGAGGAGGUAAGAAGGUGCCGGUGAGCGCUGUGUUUCCCGCUGGCUUGCCAGAAGCUAUGGAAGCGUCGGUCGCACUCCAGCUUUUAUCUGAAAGCUCCGACUCCGAGUAUAGUAGCGCAGGUCCUUCGUCCAGCCAAUGUGGUUGCAAGGAUAAUGGGUCUUGUGACUGUUGCAUACCUCGCGUCCCUACGUCUCGCAGUCGAAGACUGGGCAAAGAUCGAAUGGCUCCUGUCAACGCAGGUAGCGACACCACCCAGCCUGACGGCGGCCUUAGCACGCCAGUCUCGCGUCCCGCUGGUCUUGUCGACCUUGCAAACUCGGGCAGUCAUCGACCUGUACUGCCUCGUCCCAGUCCUCAACGUCCAGCGUCACCUGCUGGUCCUGUGCAUCGCCCUUCCCCCGCAUCGCAUGGCUCUCGCCACCAAGUACACAAUCAGAAUCUUUAUAGUCCGUACGGUCGUGCAUACGAGUACGCUCACGGCGUCGAAGCCAUGCCUGGACCAUCUACGUUCCAUACUGCCCCCGAGCAUUCUGUCAGCACACCAUCACCUACGCCCAUGACCUUCCCCCAUGCCGAUGAUUCCAUACUGGGCUUCUUGACGGCGGCUGAUAGCUCCAUGUCUAAUCUUUGCAAUUGUGGUCCCAACUGCUCGUGUCCGGGUUGUGUUAUUCACCGGGGACCUACAUUUGACCCAUCCGCAUUCCAGUCUUGCAACAACCCGGGAGCAUGCUUUGCCUGUGCGAAUUGUAACCUUUUUGCGCUCCCACUUUCCGAGACGACCACCGCUGCGCAAGAUUUCUCACCGUUUGAGACACCGGAGAGUCUGGAUGAGUGGUUUCGCCAAUUGUCUUCUGUUCCAGACCCCACCACCGUUGCCACAAAUUCAAUUCCCUCUGGGUCUUCGAGUUCUAGUCCACCGUACCCUUCACCUCAGACGCCUUCCGAUUUCCAAAGCAUGCCAUUUAACCCGGCGCUUUGGCAAUCGUAUGCGCUCUGGAGUAACUUGCAAAACCAGACUAACGCUCAGCCGGCACCAGAGGAAUGUUGCGGUGGGAGGUGCAAGUGUCCUCCAGGGAUGUGUAAUUGCGCGGCAGACUGUUGUGGAUGCUGUCAGGGGUGCACAUGUGCGGAUUGUAAUCAUGAAGACUCGGGGGAUAGGGUGACGUUCGCUGUGUCUGGCGAAAGAGAUGCGUGUUGUGGGGGACCCAACACUACAAGAUCUGUCAAUCGUUUGACGAACGCUCAUAACGUCGCCUCGAGUUCGACUCUCUUGAUGCCUGGAGAUUGGAGUCACCCUUCUUUGACAAGCCAUAGGAAUACGACGCUCAGCCGAGCAUCUUCGACAUCAUCCCGUGCUUCCAGCCAACAUUCGCACUCGUCGUCGUCGCUCGCUUCAGUUCAUAGUGCUCCGGCUUCGGAAACACGUGUGAUUGGGUCUUGUUGUUCGUCGUUACAGAGUAUGGCGACUUCGUCUCAGCCUAACAUUCCUUCUACUCAUCCUUCCAUGCAACAUCGGACGUUGAAUGAGAAUGGGACGGGAUUCGAUAUGUAUUAGCAGCGCUGAUUGAUACCACCUCGUACUUAAACAUUUUUUGUUUCGCGUAUUGUCUUAGUCCUACUAUAUGCUUGUCUCGACGUGCUGUUGAUAGUAUCUGUGUCUAGUUGCUUUCCGAUUGCUUGCGUCUUUGUCCCCUGGGAUGUUCGAAGAUGGCAUGCAGGCAUACUGGAGCGCAGAUAAUAUUAUAUGAGUGGAGGUUGUGUACUUC